UUUUUGUUCCAUUUUUUGAUUUUUGAUUCUUAAAAUUAUAAAUUUCAUCAUUUUAAAUUUGAUUAAAAAGAUUUGUCAUGGAUGAUUCUGUAAUACUUUUGGAAAAUGAUGAUUCUUUACCAUCUAGAUCAUCAGUUAACAAAUGCUUGCAAAGUUUCAAUGUCCAAAGAAUUCGUAAACGAAAACAUGAAGACAACACAAGCGGAAAAUCUAACAAAAAAUUGGUCACAAUGAAACAACUCGAUUAUCAAUUCACACCAUGGUCCCAAAUCGAAGAACUUAUUAUGGCUCGUUAUUUCAUUUAUGAUUCAUUAUACUUGGGCAAUACUAGUGAUUAUUCAUCCGAAAUGGAAUUUAAUCAGUCGAGCCAAAUUUUUAACCGUAAAUUUAAUUUGGAUGCCAAACCAGAAAAUAUCAUUUCUGAGCAUUUACAUUUGGCACAUGGAUGUAUUUGUGAUUGGAUACAAAGAUGUACAAACUUACCGAACAGAUCCGUUCAAUUUAUCAUGCAACAUUUAAAAUCAAUUGAAUGUAUGGUGAAUAUUUUACUCGAAGAAUUCAAAUUGGAGAUUAUUCAGAAUAACGUUGAAAAUUCGAAUUUUUCUAUUCUUUAUAACCUUUAUUCGAUUGGUGUAAUCAACUUUUGUAAUGUUUUAUCAAGUUAUUCAGAUGAGAUCUACAGCAUACGUUUUUUAGCUAAGAAUCUCAAAUGCCCAUUAUGGAUUGUUCAAUGUCGUCAUGAUUUGGCUCAUGCAUGUUCGAAUCCACCAUCAUUGAAAACGUUAAAAAAUGCAAUUACAUUCGGCCUUCGAUGGAUGGAUGAAUAUUUUUGGUCGGCAAAUAUUCAUAACGAAAUGCAGUUUCGAUCGAUCGGUCCGUUUCCAGUGUUAGAUUAUAGUCCACCCCAACAUCUCAUCUAUCAAAAUAUGGAGCGGCAAAAAAUUUAUCAUAAUUGCUGGAACGUCGUUCUUUCACCUGAUUGUACAGGAAAACGUGCUGCAAAUAUAUUGAAACCAAUCGAACGCUACAUGAAUCAUGAUCCAAAUUCAUUCAUUGGAAUUGUAGUCCAGAUUUUGAUUUCUGAUGUUUCCAGAGUAUCGAAUCAGAUAAUAGAUUUAAAUUCAUUUAGACCAUUAUUACUUCGUCGUUGCAGCCGAUUGUUUCAUAUAGUAUUUGCUUAUGAGCCCGAACAUAUGCUAUUACUUUUGCUAAAUUUGAUCAUUGAUACUGUAACAGAUCUUCAAAAAUCAGAAAACAUACAAUUGGAUUCAUCAUUGAGUAUCCAAAUCGGCUGUCUAUGGCUUGAACAGAUCUUCAAAAUGAUAGUCAUGCCAUUAGAAAAGAAGCAAACUUCAUUCGAAAAAAGUUUUCUUUUGUUACCAGACUCGAAACGUUUGCUACAUGAAAAUCAAUUUGCUUGGUAUCGUCUAUUUCAUAAGCUCGUGAAAUUGGAUCCCAAUCCAAUUUUGAUAAGAGUUACAAGAAUUUUUUAUGAACAAUUCCUUUGCGAUGAUCGAAAUAUAUUCUUAAUAUCCUGGCAGAAAUAUCAACAAAUUUUAAAAUUAAUGAAAAUUUCGAUUGGUAAUGAAUAUCACACCAAAAAUAUGAAUCGAUUCCAACCUAAUGGUAAUAUUUUGACGGUUGAUGAAUUAAAAAAAGAAAUUGUUUCUAAAAAACGUUUAAUAACACCACCAUUGAUUCGAAAAAAUCCUAACUGGAAUCGAGUAUUCAUUGGCGCUUGUUUGAAUUAAAAUAAUAAUUCACUAUCACUAAUUCUUAUUAUCACAAUUGAAGGCUUGUCCCGAUACACAUGCGUAAUGCUUUAAAACUAUGUAAUCUUCAAAUUUGAAAAUGGAUCCAUCCAAACCAAAAUGACUCAUCAUCAUGAAUUGAUUUUGUACUCGAUAUUUGAUCGUGUAACAUUUUGAUCCAUUUCUUUUUCUUGUAUAUACGAUAAUAAUAAUAAUAAUAAUAAUUAUUAAUAAAAGAAGAAACUAAUAAAAUUAUAAUUUUUGAAAUU